AUGAUUUGGUUAUUAAACAAACUUAAUCGAGAGUUUUUGAAUUCUUUGGAGAGAUUUUGUAUGUUGGAGAAUAAUUACUUAAGCAUUAGGAAUAAGUAUUUAUAUUCAAUGUAUGAGAGCAACAAAAAAGAUAAAAAAUCUAAUAUUUUAAAAUUAUUUCAGUAA